AUGCCCGGCCUGCCCUCACGUUAAUGCGGGCUGGGUUGGAUGAAGGCCAUUCAAGAACCCUCCUCCCCCUCCCGCGCGCCCUUCUUUAGUGCCCACGCCCUCCCCUGCAUGAGCUCACCUCAGCUGAGCAUGACCCCAUCAAUCAAAACCACCACGCAGCAGCAGCAGCAGCUUCUCUCUCACGCUCACACUCCCUCCCCUUCCUCUUCCUGGAGACGUGUAUAAAUAGAGCCUUGCCGUUGAUCGAUCGGCCAGCCACGAUCAUGACCACCGAGUUCCUCCGGGUCAAGAAGUUCCACCAUCAGCAGGAGGCCGACGACCUGAGCCUGAGGAAGAGGAUGGAGCUGCAGCCGGAGCUGUCGCUCGCCCCGGCGGCGUGGCAGGGCUUCGCCGCCUCCCCCGCUCCAGCCGCCAAGAGCUCAUCGUCCGAGUCCGAUGGCACCUCCAGGAAGAAGAGGAAGCACUACGCCGACGGCGCCGGCUGGGAGGAGCCUCAGCAGCCGCCCGCGAGCCUGGAGCUGCAGCUCAAUGACCCGCUGCCACUCGACUGGGAGCAGUGCCUCGACCUCCAAUCCGGGCGGAUGUAUUACCUCAACAGGAAGACGCUGAAGAAGAGCUGGGUCAGGCCGCGGGAGCAGAGCGUGAACCUCGACCUCAACAUCUCCACGGCCGCCACCAUCGAUGACACCACCAGCGCUGGCGUCGUCGCUGCUCCCGACGAGGACGCCGAGCCGACGAAGAGGCCAACCGGCGCCGUGAGCUCCGGCGGCAACAACAACAUGGUGGCCGUGCCGUGCGCCAACUGCCACCUCCUCGUCAUGCUCUGCAAGUCCUCCCCGUCCUGCCCCAACUGCAAGUUCGUGCAGCCGCUGGCGCCAACCACGCCGCGGGGGGCCAUGCCGCAGCCGCCAGCGCAUCGGAGGCUCCAUGCCGCCGUCAAGCCGCUGGAGACCCUGAGCCUCCUACACUAGGCGCGCGCACGCCACCGCCAGCAGAUGAUUGUAGAAAGGAAAACCCUAGUUGAGUAGUGGUGCAUGGGUUAGUACCUGGCAACCUGGGCAUGACUGGCUAAGCAGCAUGUUAAUCAUGUUAUAAGCAUAAAACGGUGAGAUGGCCAGUUGCAAGUAAAACUAUAUAUAUUAAUGUUGCUGAGCAGUCGGUCAAUUAAUUAAUAGUAAUGGCGACAGAUCGAUGUGGUGGUAGUAGCUAGCUAGCCAGAGAUUGGAUAUACACAUAUUACAUGCGUCAGUCAGUACACUCACUAUAGCUGCUGCACUGCAAGAAGUCUGCAACACAGCAACAGCAAGCUUCAAUGAAACUGAGGCGGCAAUCAGACAGAGACA